AUGUUAAAUGAAACAAAAGAGAUUAAAGUUGGCCAACGGAGAAUUUCAAGGUUAACGGUGGAUUCAAGGGAAAGAGAGGAAAUGAGGGGGAGCAAGGGUAAUAGGGGUAUUUCGAUGGUGAGGAAACCGGGGAAUCCAGAGCGGGGCGAAAAAGAUUUUUCGGGGCGGAGUCAAGAGAUACUUCCCCUUUCACAGCUCCCCACUCGUUCAAAGCAUCCUCCACACUUUUUCACGAUAACUCCACAGUUAAUUUCUCUCCCACCUCCGAUCUCCGAUCGCCUGCGUCCACCAGACCUUGUUAGACCUCCGAUUUCCGGCGACACUAGCUACUGUAUCGCCUUUUUCGGAUCUCCUGGUACAGAUUUUGAUUCCAGUUUAAAUCAAUCUCGCCUUCCAUCUCUUUUUAGUUUGAAGGUAUCAAUGGCAAAAGUUAUAGAGAAGUUCUUUGUAACAUCUAUGUUGAUGUGGGCUGUUCCUAUUGCAAUUUUGUACGCCUUCAACAACAAUCUAUUUCCUGGUUCUGCUGACAUGUCUCCAUAUUCAGUGACACUAAUAAGUGGAUUUCUUGCUGUUGUAUCGGUUAAUAUCGUAAUAGCAUUCUACAUUUACUUGGCAAUGAAAGAGCCUUCAGAGAAACAUGAGCCUGAUCCUAAGUUUGUUUCAGAAGCUGAGGCGAGUGUCAAACAUCUGGUAGUACCCAAUCAAACACAGGAAACCGAGUCGACUCAGGAAAGCGAGUUGACUCGUAAGAAAGAAGAGUAAAAAGAGAGUAUUUGAUGAUUUUGCACGUGCUUUUCGGUUGUCAUACUAUCUAUAUGCAUUCUUGUACAUUUUU